AGCGACAACAUCCGGGCCCAAUGAAUCAGCCCUUGGAAUAAUAGUCAACAUGCUCUCUGCGUUCACUGCCCGGCCUAUUGUCGAGCUUAAACAGCGCGACAAGUCCAAGAUCGAGUCGAUCCUCGCAUAUGGCGAUCGCGUGCUUGUGGGACUCAAUACAGGCUCCUUGCGCAUAUAUCGUGUAAACGACCAGGCCGAAGAUGUCGAAGCUGAGCAUCAGCAGAACGGCGACCAAAACGGUCAACCGCAGCAGCUCUCGACGCCUAAGCCCAAGCCCGCAGACCUUCUCCGCGAGGAAGAGAAGUUCUCGCGCCGGCCCAUACAGCAGCUAGCCAUCAUCAAGGAAGCCAACAUUCUCGUCUCGCUGUCAGACAACUAUGUCUCGAUCCACGACAUCCAAACGUAUGCGCUGCAGGAGAAGCUGGAGAAGACACGAGGCGCCACUACGUUUGCUGCGGCUAGCAACAUUGUCAAGGAUCCAUCGACUGGGAUCCCGUCGAUUGUGAGCCAUCUGGCUGUUGCGGUGAAGCGAAAGAUUAUACUGUGGACAUGGCAGGACAUGGAGUUGACGGGCGACGCCGUGGAGAUAUCACUGAUUGCGUCAGUCAAGAGCUUGACGUGGGCUACGGGCACCAAAAUUGUCGCUGGCAUGGACCCCGGCUUCGUCAUGGUCGAUAUCGAGACACAGGAGGUACAAGACAUCAUCAAGCCAGGUGCACUCGCAGAGAAUGGAAGUCAGGGCGGGGCGCGCUUUGGUGCAGUGUCAUCUUCGGGCAUGGGAUACAUGGGCAUGGGCAGCUGGGUACCGAAGCCUCUGGCAACACGGCUUGGAGAGGGCGAGAUGCUGUUGGCUAAGGAUGUCAACAGCUUGUUUAUUGACACAGAUGGCAACGCCCUUGAAAAGCGGCAGGUGCCCUGGCAAACUGCCCCUGAGACUAUCGCCUACUCGUACCCAUACAUGCUUACGCUACAGCCGCCUGCAAAGGGAAGUUUGGAAAUCAGGAACCCGGAUACACUGAACCUGCUACAACUCAUCCCCCUGCCCAACGCCAACUUCCUCCAUGUACCCCAACCCAACAUUAGUCUGGCACAUGCGGGUAAAGGUUUCUUGGUCGCCAGCGACCGAUGCAUAUGGCGAAUGGGAGCACAGAGCUAUGAGACGCAGAUUGAUGAACUUGUCGCUAAUGGACGCUAUGACGAGGCCUUGAGUCUUCUCAAUAUGCUCGAGGACACGCUGCUUCUGGACAAAGAAGAAAGAAUACGGGAGAUUCAGAUACUCAAGGCACAAGCAUUAUUUGAUCUGAAAAAGUACCGCGAGGCAAUGGAGCUCUUCAUUGAUGCGAAAGCACCGCCGGAGCGUGUCAUUGCCCUGUAUCCAAGAUCGAUUGCUGGACAUUUGGCGCCGGAGGAGAGCGUCAAGGGCGAUGGAAGCGUUACAGAGGAGGAUGAAACAAACGGGGAGAAGUCUACAGAGGAAUCUGAAGACACUACUGUUCCUGCUGCAGCAACGAUUGGACGAUCGAUGAUGGGCCGAUUUGGUGUUGGUGGGCAUAAGAAGGUCGACUCGGACGCUGGCUCUAUCCGGGCUGGCGCUGUCAAGGACGAGGCAGCAGCAGAAAAGGGCAUGUCGGAAAAGGAGUUCAAAGACUCUGUGCGUGCGUUGCAGUCGUUCCUUACACAAUGUCGCGUGCAGAUUAAGCGCUACAUUGACACAGAGGGUAACUUGAAAGAGCCCUUACCUACGCCUAGCGGUAGCCAGUUAGAGGCCGAGAAGCCGCCUUUUCACAUUUUCAUCGAGGAGACUUCACUACAGGGUCCGGUAGACUGGAAAGCCAAGCUGCUCGAAGUGGCGCAGCUGGUGGACACGACCCUGUUCCGGGCGUACAUGAUUGCGAAUCCCAGUGUAGCAGGCUCGCUGUUCCGUCUACCCAACUUUUGUGAGCCAGACGUUGUUCAGGAAAAACUGUACGAGACAGGCCGGUACGCGGAUCUGAUUGACUUUUUGCACGGCAAGAAGCUGCAUCGACAGGCACUGGAAUUGCUGGAGAAGUUUGGCAAGAACGAGGCGGACGAGGAGGUCUCGUCUGCGCUGCAAGGACCACAGCGCACGGUGGGCUAUCUACAAGCGUUGCCUCCGGAGCUAAUUGAUCUCAUUCUCGAGUAUGCCGAAUGGCCGCUGCGGGUGAAUCCCGAGCUUGGGAUGGAAGUCUUCCUUGCGGAUACGGAAAACGCGGAGACGCUGCCGAGAGACCGGGUCCUUGAAUUCUUGCAAAAGAUUGAUCUCAAACUGGCGGUUAGAUAUCUGGAACAUAUCAUCGAGGAGCUCAACGACCUCAAUGUCGACUUUCACCAGCGGCUGGUCGACUUGCUGCUGGAAAGGCUCAAGAGUGGGGAUUUUGCCAACGAGGAGGAGAAGGCGGAUUGGAGGGAGAGAUUGCAGACGUUUUUGAAGAAGGGCAAUGCACAGUACAACCGGUAUCGUGUGUUCCAGCAACUCCCGGCUAACGAUGCGGAUUACUAUGAAGCACGCGCGAUUGUGUUGAGCAAGAUGGGAUCGCACAAGCAAGCAUUGGCAAUCUAUGUAUUCCAGUUGAAGGACUACAAGAAAGCCGAGGAAUACUGCAACCAAGUCUACACAGCACCACCAUCAUCUCUCCCACCCAACCGCUCACCGCAGAUUGGAUCACCGCAGAUUGGAUCAAACAUUCAAGGGACGAUUGAAGACACUGAGCUGUCCAUCUAUCACGUGCUCCUAUCCCUGUAUCUUUCGCCGCCACCUCCGCACCAACCCAACUGGCCUCCUGCCCUGGAACUGCUUUCCAAGCACGGCGCAAGACUGCCAGCAGCGACAACUCUGGAUCUGAUUCCGCCUAGCCUACCGGUCAAGGAUCUGGAGUCAUAUUUCUUUGGUCGGAUCCGCAAUGCGAACUCACUUCUCAAUGAAGAGCGCAUUGUUUCGCGGCUGCGGGGAGUAGAAAAGGUGGCAGUCGAAGCAGCGAUGCUACUUGGAAACGACAACAAGACGGACCAGUAUGGACGCAAGGUACCGGGUGGACUGAACAGACGAGUGGUGAUUGACGAAGAUCGACAUUGUGCCGUCUGCCACAAGCGGUUUGGCGGAAGUGCGAUUCGCGUGUUCCCGGACAACAGCGUGGUGCACAGCGGGUGCAUGCGGGGCAGCGUGGGCAAGAGAACGACUGGGGCGGCGGGAUGGCGGUGAUGGGGCGUGGAAGGGCUGUAUGGAUAGUACAAAGUAUACCCAUGAAUGGAAUAGCAAUUGUCUCGUACAUGUGCGUGGGGGUGGGCGCUCAGUCGUCGUCGACCACCUCCUCGCCGUACGUCUCCU